CGAGACAGGGCGUUCAAUCACAUACAGUACACUGGCACGGGUACUGUACAUGUGUGUCUUAUCUAGGUAGGUAUCCCUUCCCUCCAGCUCCGAGGCGUCUCAGUCGAACCAAACCAUGUAAGGUAUGUAUGUGGCCGUGAUGAGAAUGUCGGCAUUGCAUUGCAUACAGGAGAGAGGAUACCUUAUCUGUCAAUCGUGAAUGGCAGGCAAAAGAGAAAAAAAUGGCAGCACUCACUAGGUAAUUACUGCCAUGCUCGACCUGGAUGGUUGUUAUCAUCACAACACCGUCGGCGGCGAUACCAGUACUCCUCCUCCCAGUCCUACUCCUACUCCCCCUCCUACUCCUACGGACGGAGACGGAGCCAUAAAAUACUGUAGGCCCAGCACUGCAGGUCAGGUCGACGCCCUACUGUACUUGCCGACGCCUGGUUUCGAGCGGCGUCGGAUAUAUGGAGGGUGGUCCAUUUCCGAGAGUGGCAGAUACGGCCGCGGACCAAACCCGGUGUCAGAAUGCUCAUUCGAUCUGUGGACAAUCGCAAUCGCAAUCGCAAGCCAGUCUCCACCGCGCAAGGCCGCCGGUGUCCGAGGGUGCCGAUGCAGUUGGCAAGCAAGGCAUCAUGGGGCAAUCUGAUUACGAUGCUUGUAAAUAGAAAGAAAAAAAAGAUGGUGAUGGAUUGAUCGAGGGAAAGGAGCAAGAGCACAUUACUUUUGUUAUAUUGUUGAUGCAACAACCUACGCCGCGGAUUUGAUAUUUAUUUAAUGAUCAGAUAGAUUAUACCAAGUUCAAUCGUCGCAGAGGGAGUCUACUGUAUCUAUUAUUCUUUCUUCGUCGCGAAGCCAAUAGUGCUUCACAGGGCGGUUGGUUGGCUAGUUCGAGGUUUGGUGUGAAACAGAUCUCACAUCGUUCAAGUUGUGUUUCUGAGAUUGGGAGAACAACCCAUAGCAGCCCUCUUUGCAUUCCUCUGGCAAUCAAUCAGUCAGUCAGUCAGUCAGUCAGUCAGUCAGUCAGUCAGUCUCCUGCGGUUGUGCCGUCGCUGUUGCAGCGGUUCUUCUUGAAUUGUGUCCGCUGGCAUGGCUGGGUUCCAAGGUCCUUUAUAUCAACUUGUCCAACUUGCCGCACGGGCAGUCGACGACAAUAACCAGGAGCUGCCGGGAGGAAAGAGUCCCGCCGAAUAUGCAAAGCAGGGUCGGUACAACUAUGCCCCGGCCUUUGCACCCGCCGUGGUCUUCAGUGUCCUGUACGCCAUCGCCAUGGCCGUCAAUGCGGUGCAGUUUUUUCGACAUCGUGCUUGGUUUUGGUGGGUCAUGAACUUUGCGGUUGCUAUGGAGCUGGUCGGAUACAUCACUCGAGCGAUAUCUGUCAAACAACUGGACAGUCGAAACAUCUUCAUCGUGCAACUGGUCAUGAUCCUCAUCGCCCCCGCGGUCAUGGCUGCCGCUUGCUACAUGUCGUUCGGCCGGGUCGUGCUCUGGGUCAUACCUCGAGAGUACCAGGGCGCACGGCAUCUGUGGGUGCCUGCGCGGAGAGUGACGCCGGUCUUUGCCGGGUGCGAUGUGGCCAGUUUCUUCGUCCAGGUUGCGGGAGGAUCGAUGAUCGCGUCGGCCAACACGUCAUCCAAGCUCAGCACAGGUCGGACAGUGGUUCUGGUCGGGCUGGCAUUGCAAUUGGCCACGUUUGGCUUCUUUGUCGUCGCGGCGUUACGGCUCAUGGUGCUCUUGAGGACAAAGUUGAAAGAUGUUGUCCUGCCAGCCCAACGGAAUUGGCCGUUGUUCCUGUUCAUGGUUAAUGUGGCCAAUGUGUUGAUCUUGAUUCGGACAACUUUGCGGUUGAUCGAGUAUGCCAUUGGAGACCACAACUACCUCGUCGACAAUGAAUGGUUCUUCUACGUCUUCGACUCGGUGCUGAUGUUCCUGGUCGUUCUCGUCUUCCUCGUCUUUCACCCUGGUCAUUACCUGCCUUACCUGGGUAUCCGGAGGAAAGAGCAGCGGUUCUCCAAGAAUGCCGACAAGGGUUUGUUUGCAAGGUUUGCCAGAGGUGACACCAAGUUGCCGUCCGAGAAGGCACACAAUGAGGGUGGAGAUGUGUGAAAAAACAAUAACGAGCUUGGGAGAUGAUAGUGCUUCAACGAUACUAUGUUGGACACGUCGUAUAGUCGAGCAAAGGGCGUGGGAGGCUGAUCAUGCAUCUAGCUAUAAUAGUGGAGCGAUGCGGUUUGAACGUUGGUUUGGGGAUCCUGGCUUGGUGCGGAUCCAUAGAGAGCGGGUUCUUACUGCUGUAAAAGAUACCAACUAGACAUGGUGAUAGAAGUAUAGAGGUUGGAAGUAUAGACGAGACAUCAUGGGCAUAGAAAUAUCUAUUUCCAUUGGCUUUGGAGG